GCCACUUCAGAGACAUGAAGGAAAAUAAUGGGAUUGAUACCAAAAACAAGGACGGGGACUCGGUUCAUUUAAAUUAUAAAUAAUAAAAAAAACAGAAAUAACGCCGAAAAAGAGGAAUUAAAAUGAAGGAGCGCCUUCGGCCGCGGAUCCGCGUUUGUUUUUUCUUCUAUGUUAUUUUGCGGCGUGCGCCUCUCCGAUGUCUCUCCCAGUAGUUCUUCCUGGAUCUUGCUGUCCAGUCGCGGGGGUUUCGCUGGCCUCACAUUUGGCUGACCCGGCAUACAGAAGCCGUCCUCGCUGCAUCUCUACCGGCGCUUCUCGCAUGCCUGGAUCUCAGUCGCAGUUGUUCCCAGCGCUGCUGCCCGGCCGCCCGCUGCUGUCUCUCGGAUUGCUGCAGCUGGUUCUCGGUUGUUCCAUGGUGGCGCUCUCUUUCGGGGCUUUGUCACUUAGCAGCUCGCCUCCCAUUCGGAAUUCGUGUCCGUUUUGGGCUGGGUCUUCAGUUAUCCUCUCUGGAAUCAUUGGUCUUACAACAUGGCGGAGACCCAUGCUACUUUUGGUGAAUCUGUUCGUCCUGUUGUCGGUGGUCUGUGUCCUGCUCAACCUGGCCGGGUUCAUCCUGUGCUGCCAAGGUGCUCAGCUGGUGGCCAACAUGUCCUACUGCCAGCUGAGCGAAAUCGGGGACGUCUGUCACUGCUGUGCCGACAGCCCCAACAGCAAGUGCCCUGAGGAGAAGCUGCUCAAGCUCUACCCUGGAAACUCCUGCAACACCAUGAGGGUCCUGCUCAAGAAGGUUCUGUUUGCACUGUGUGCCCUGAACGCUUUGACCACGGCCGUCUGUCUGGUGGCCGCUGUGUUGAGGUACCUGCAGAUCUUCGCGGCGCGGCGACCGUGCACAGAAGAGCCCCGCCCCAUCGCAGAGGAAGGGGAGGAGCCGGCCCACAUACCUGAUCCAGACGAGUUUGUCCCUCCAGCCCCUCCCCCCUCCUACUUCUCCACCUUCUACUCUUACACCCCUCGCCUGGCCCGCAGGAUGUUUGGUGACAGCGUGAUUCCUCUGCCUCACAUAUAUGGUGCCAGAAUCAAAGGGGUGGAGGUGUUCUGUCCCCUGGACCCUCCCCCGCCCUACGAGGCCAUCGUGGGACAGCCUGAGGACGCCUCCGCCCAGGAGACGGAGGUGCUUGCUACUGACCUGGCAGAGGGCUUGAGUGACAGCUCGGAGACAGGACCUCUAUGUGAAGACGGGGCCCCGCAGGACCCCGCCACGCCCCCCGUUCAGGUCCGGGGGCAGACGGCGCCGGUACCGCCCAGCAGGAGGUCCCAGAAACAGCAGCUCCGCCGGUCCAUUAGUGACCCGGUUCUGCUGGACCUGGCUGCUAAAGUGCUGAGCUGCGAGGCUGCCACGCAGACGGAGGCGGGGCCGGUGACGGUGACGCUGCGGAGGGGGAGGGGCCAGCGCCGGCCCCGCCCCCAGUCCAUGGUGGACUACCAGAGCUACCAGGCCACCAAGCAGCUGGUGGCGGAGUUCCUGGAGCAGUCGCCCUGCAGCCUGACGCCCGAGGUGCAGGAGCUGGUGAACAGCAUCAAGACCGUCCUGCGCUCCGACGAGCAGCACAUGGACGAGGCCGUGCGCAGCGCCAGCUUCAUCGAGCAGGUGAUCACUGGCUCGCCGGCCUCUCCAGAGCAGCUGAUGCAGCCGCCUGCGCAUAAAUGCGCGCAGCCGGUCCUGUCUGCGCAGACGCUGCCCCUGUCUGCGCAGACGCUGCCCCUGUCUGCGCAGAUGCUGCCCCUGUCUGCGCAGACGCUGCCCCUGCGGAAGCGUCCGGGCAUGCUGCACCUGCGCAGCUGCGGGGACCUGAGCACCUUCACCAGGCAGGAAGUGCAGCCUGCUCUGCGUCGGGCGGGGUCGCAGGGGGGCGCCCGGGGGGAGCCGGACCGCCCCCACAGCCUGAUCGGCGUCUGCAGAGAGACGGUGCUCUGAGGACGAACCCCCCGCCCCCCCGCACGGACACUGCUCACUUAAGGCAAUCGUGAACAGAGAUGCGCCCCCUGGUGGUGAUCCCGAGGAACUAAUUGCGCCACCUGGUGGUAGAAGCUCCAGGCAUGAAGAGCUUUAGGCCGCUGAAGAUAAGCAGCUUCUAGAAGACCCCAGCCUUUGAUCAGGCUGGGCGUGUGUGUGUGUGUGUGUGUGUGUGUGUGUGUGUGUGGGUGUUGUAAGGGUGACUGUCUUGACAUAUACAUGUCAUAUUAUAAUGAUGAAAGAAAAUCAAGACAAAAAACUGAAAAAACCCAAAAUUGAGUUCUGGAGCCUUAGGUUUUGCCAAUUUAACUGAAUUAUGAUUAUUAUUAUUGCUAUGUUUAAGCAUCUCAAAUGAUUUUUUUUUUUUUUAAAUUUUAUUUUCUGAAAGUUUUCAGAAAAUAAUUUUUUAUUCAUCUGGUGAUCCGCAAGGGGCUCGUAAACACAUUUAUUAAGCAGCAGUGAGCAGAAACACCCCCCCCCCCCAUGUGAUUAAUAUCAUUUUUUUUUUUUAUUACAAAUUUGGAAUAGAGAUGAUUGCUUUAAAAGUCCAGCAAGGACAAAAAAGAAAUCGCCACUUUAAUGAGAUUCCUGCUUAAUGCCUUUUUUUGUUAGUCCUGUUGGCCCUGUGGGUCAGAUCCUUUUCUUUAUAAAUAUGCACUGUAAAUAAGAUUAAGCCCAUGCAUCUCAUAGGGGUGGAGAGAGGAGGCGGCUAACUUCAUCUCCUCACCAGCUGAACCAACUGUUUUUCAUAUAUAAUAUAAAGUUUUCUUCUUCCUUUCUUAGAUGUGGUGUGAUAAGCCAUAUAGAUUUAUUUUAUGUAUUUCUGAACAGUCAGUAAAGGGGGAGGGGCGUGUUAAAAGUGUAGUGGGGGUAACUAGUGGAGUGUCCUUUCUUUUGGGGGUAUGAUUGGGAUUAUGGGUCAGGGCCAAAAAAAAUGUUUGCAACCUGUCAGUCAACGUUUUGUCUUUUGGCUCUAUUUAAAUUCGAGUUUUUUUUUUUUGUCCCCCACAAACACAAUUUGGCGGCAUCGGCGAUCGAGAAAACGAGCUCGCCAAGCGCAAGUUUGUGAAGAAAAAUAUUUGUUUGCGUUUAUUUGUCAGUCAGAGUUAAGGACGUGUUGAUUGACUCCAGGCCUGAGUCUCCCGUGUGCAGAUGAGGUGGUUAACGGGGUUUCCCCCUCAGCCCCGCAGGGGUGUUCUCAGGCUCACAAAAUGUACUAAAUGGUUCAAUUUUCUAACCUGAUUUUUAUUUGAAUUUCCCCCCCAGCCCUCUGUCUCUUCUCUGAAAAGGUAGUUGGGGAAAUUUCGCACAGCUCGUUUUAUGUUUCAAAAAAAAUCAAUGGAGAUUAAAAGAAAAAAAAGAAAUAAAAUAAAAAAAUAUAUAAAACAUUUUCAACCCUAUUAAAGAA